CACCAUAUCAGAAAUACUUGUCAAGCAGUGUUAGAAUCGCUUUCACAGGAGAAAAGGUAUCAUCAGUUCCAUCAUGACUACCCUCAUUGAUGCAAUCAAUGAAUUUGGUUUGGAUUUAAUUAAAAAAAUCAUGAAAGAGGAUCAUAGGGAAAACCUCUUCAUCUCCCCACUAAGUGUCGCGGCAGCUUUGGCCAUGGUCUUAUAUGGAGCCGCAGGUAACACUGCUCAGCAGUUGGAGAAGGUCCUUCACUUCAAUGAGAUCACUGGAUAUGGAGGCCCUAAAGACUUGCCUGUUUCAGGGACUCAAUGCGAUAAACCCGGAGGACCUCAUGCCCAGUUCAGGGCACUCUUAUCAGCCAUCAACCAGCAUACCAAAAAUUAUGCACUGAGUAUUGCCAAUAGGCUGUAUGGGUCAGAUCAAUAUGAAUUCCAUCAGCGAUAUUUACAAUGCACAAAAGAGCUGUACAAUGCUGAGUUGGAAAGAGUUGACUUUUUGCAUGCGACUGAGGAAGCCAGAAAGAAGAUUAAUUCCUGGGUUGAAAGCCAGACAAAUGGUAAAAUCAAGGAACUAUUUCCUAAUGGAUCAAUUAGUCCAUCAGCCAUCUUGGUCCUAGUGAAUGCUAUAUACUUCAAAGGGAAGUGGCAACAGAAUUUUAAAGAAGAAGACACCCGUGAAGCACCUUUUUAUACUGAUGAGACUCACAGCAAAAAUGUACAAAUGAUGUUUCAGCAGGGUAAAUUUAAACUGGCUAAAAUAACAAACCCAGCAAUGCAAAUCCUUGAGCUUCCCUAUGACAACGAUGAGCUAAGUAUGAUAAUCCUUCUGCCAGAUGUCAAAGGACCUCUGUGCCAGCUCCAAAGGGAGCUCACCUAUGCAAAAUUAAAAGAAUGGACCAGUUCAGCAAACAUGCGACAACAAACAGUGAGGCUUUUUCUACCAAAGUUCAAGCUGGAAGAAAAGUAUGAGCUCAUAGAAGCUUUAAGUGAUCUUGGAAUAACUGACCUGUUUACUCGAGGAAAGGCUGAUUUAUCUGGCAUGUCAGGAAGCCCUGACCUGGUUGUGUCCACAGUCAUUCAAAAGUCUUAUAUUGAAGUCACUGAGGAAGGCACAGAGGCAGCAGCUGCCACUGGUGUGGAAAUAGUUCCUACGAGCAUGCCGCUUCUUCUUGAGUUUAGAGCUGAUCACUCAUUCCUGUUCUUUAUAAGAGAUAAUAAAACAGGCUGCUUCCCCUUCAGUGGCAAAUAUUUCUCACCACAAUAGGUGUUUAAAUAACAACAAGCACCUUAAUAUUUGCUGUGAACCCAAGAUGUUACAGAAAUCUUAAUUUUACUUGGCUAAUGGUUCCACUUUUUGCCCUCUUAAGAAAAAGCACAAAAUCCCAAGAUUGAUCUCUCUUUUGCUUACCUAGACAAACUCACUAGCACAUGAAGGCUUUGUGGGCCUGUCUUCUUCUCGGCAGUGAGGAGGGGAGCAUUGUUGUGCACAGUAAAGCAUUCCCCACUGGAGACAAUGAAGCUCUUCUCCGCAGAGAAGAGAAGACCUUGUGCAUCUGGGCUUUAACCAGAAUAAAUGUCUGUGAGGGGAGGAGAGGGCAACACCAAUUCUAACCCCCCUCAAGAAAACAACAAAACCCCACCCCAAAUAGGGGGGAUGAAGAAAAUGGUAGGAUUGAUUUAAGAAAUUGCUCCAAUUUUCUCUUCUUAUGCACAACGUGAUUCAAGUAAACCAAAAUUUUAUAAUGCACACUAGUCAGCCUUGGUCUCCUGAGGGAGGAAUUCCUUCUUGUACCAUCUUAAAGAAAACCACACCAUUGUCUUCAGCACUUCCUGAGGCUGUCUCAUCAUUACCAUUAUUGUUAUUAUGCUUAGACAGAAGGCAACCAUUGUCUAAAUGUGUGGUGGGGAACCGGCCCUCUGGGGUUUAUCCAGUUGGCCCCAUCCCUUUUCCUCCACCACCAACUCCUUGGUCUACACCUUCCUCUCUUUUGUGCAGUUCCUCCCUCAUUCUAAAGAAUUGAAACGCCUCUCGUACGGCUUUGUUCCUGCCAGUAAGAGCUUCAACAAUCUGCUAUUUUUGAUGUUUCUGACUGUAUCUUCCAAACCUCUGGUUGUUUAAUGGGUUUCUAGUUUUUAUGCAUAUUUACUCCAUUCUAAUGGUUUGAAAUGCCUCUCCUGAACUUUAAUGACCAGCACUAAAAACUUUAAGCUAAAAUGUUCUGGGAUUUUUGGCCCCCGUUCCUUUUUGCCUUUGGCCCAACCCACCACUGAAAUGAGGCCCUUGAGAGCUUUCCCCACAUUUAGCCCUCAGACCUAAAUAGGCUCAACACUGCUGUUUUUGGGAAUCUGGUUGGGAAUUACUAGACUCUGCUAUGAUCCCAAAUGGCCCCUUUCAUGUGCUGCUGGAUUUGCAAGUUCCCUCCUGCAAUGCCUCCACCCCUUCUGCUGCCUCAGCACCCAUGAAGCGAAACAUUUUCUGUUCAUGGAAGUCUGCAAUGAGAUGAGAUUAACAUGCUUUGGCAAUGGCUCUGAACAUCACUGUAACUAAAAAUGUAUCCCCAGACUUUCUGAGCUGCAUGUCAUGCAGACGGUUCUGUUGACAUUCCAAGUUCGUCUAAAUAUGCUUCCUUUUCAGUCUUUGGUUUAAUGUCCCUAAAGAUGUUUUGUGAGUUUGCCGAGUUUAAUGUGAAAAUUCUUGAAAGCUGCAAUAUAGCAACAACAGUAUCUCAAUAAAGCAGGACAUUAAAAUA